AACACCCUGGCUGCUUACAUUUCACCAUUUGAAAGACUAGACUAGAGCGAGAGUACAAUCAUCACGACAUUCCUUAAUUCAACAGCCAUUAUACUGACCUGGUGAUGAUAUCCACACAAGUACUAACACUAUUUCUUGUAAUAAUAGUACCCUGUGCAUCCCAGCAUGCGCCAGGGUUUGGGUGCAAUGACACCUUCUUAAUGGUUGAGCUUCAUAAAUGCGAGAAGACAAUGCUGCAAGCUCUUAUUGACGAUCCCUCUGCGAAUUGUAGAGAGGAGGUCAAAAAGCUUCAGCAAUGUUCCCGGAAGUUGAUUGUCGACAGAUGUUACAGUUCGCUGUAUGCCUUGUACCCCAAACUCCGUGAAGCCGUCGAGAAAAUGAUGGACGUGACUUUGAAGCAGGUCAAUAAAGCAUCGUUCUAUUGCUCCGACCACAAGAUGAAGAUCAACUGGGAAAUGAUUCCAAACGCAGUGAAGAAAGUUCUGCCAUGCGACAAGAGGUUUUUCGAGGAAUCUCUGCAAUGUGCUGAGAAGUUUCGUGCUGCUUUCAAUAAAAACAAAAAGGAUCCGGAUUUAUGCAGAUUGUACACAGAAACAAAACGAUGCAGCCAUCGAAUUUCGUAUAUCUACUGUACAAGCUCGAGCAUACUCUCAGUCAAUAAACUGAAUCCUUUCUGUGAAGGGGGAAGGGAUAUUGAGGAACCGUCCAACGAUAUGACUAUCAAAAAAAAACCGCUAAAAUGUAUGGUACAUGUGUGCUCCAAUUCGUCGUCAUCCCUCUUUCCCACUCCCCCAUGCGCUCCACCACAAGAAAUCACAUGUGCUACUCCAAAAGGACUGCCAUUUGAAUACGACGCCUGCAUGACUUCAAGGAUAACUUUAGAGCCUGUUGAGGGAGUAACAGUGACACAAGUAAAUCGAAACUGUUCUAGCUCCUUUCUUUGUAAGUAUGACGUGUUUUGCAGCACAGCUAACAGCACUGGAGCCAUACAAAGUUGCAACGUUAACUGCUGCAAAGGAGAAUUGUGUAACAAGGACAAUUCAUACCAAACAAAAAUACAACCUACGGAAUCAGAAGUUUCAAGUUUCAAGUGUAUAUCAUCCGCAUGCACCAAAUCAUCUAGCCCUCUUUUUCCCCCUCAAUGCGGCCCGGAGCAAGAGAUCACAUGCAAUAGCCCUCGAACUUCUGUUCCUUUGUACGACAGAUGUAUCACUUCAAGGGUGUCAAUGGGCUCAAUUGCUGGUAUUACAGUUGAACAAGAAAUCCGUAACUGCUCCUACUCUUUACUAUGCGAGUCUGAGUUGUUUUGUAAGGCUGUUAAUAAGUCAGGCCUUGUAACGAGAUGUGAUAUCCAGUGUUGUGAGGGAAAUCUAUGCAACAGGAAACGACCAAUAAAAACUACACCAAUACCUCAGACAGCUACACCAAAAGUUUUCAGUCCACUGACCAAAACUGCAAUCCCAACAAAACCCCCUAAAAGAAAACCACUCAAAUGUAUGGUCUAUAGUUGUUCCAAUUCGUCAUCAUCGUUAUUUGCCGCUCCCUCGUGUGCUCCACCACGAGAACUCACGUGUGCUACUCCAGAAGGACUUCCAUUUGAAUAUGACGCCUGCAUAACCACAAGGGUCGUAACUAAGCCGAUUGCUGGUCUCAUAGUAGAACAAGAAAUGCGAAAUUGCUCUUCAUCCUUUCAGUGUCAGCAACCAAAGCUGUUCUGUGACAUGGUCAAUACAACGGGCCUUCUGAAGAAAUGUGACGUUCACUGCUGUAAGGAGGAUCUAUGCAAUAAGAAGGAAACCAAAGCCACCCUUGCACCACAAUCAGUCACGCAGAGAGUUUCCAGUCCACCAACAAAACUUCCAAAAGAAUAUCGACCAAAAUUUCAAAAAGGAGUUUGGACAAAAGUGACCCCAUCUUGGAUAUCAGGCCAUCUACUCCAUGGAGUUCGGGUGAAAUAUCGUAGAGUCAAUAACGCUCUUGUCAUAGAAGGUCAUGUGACUUCUUAUGGUUGUCAUCGGAGGCCUGGGUCGGGUUUGACUACUUUCAUCAGAGGAAACUGGACCCGGAUCUUAUAUACACAAGAAUUCAUGGGAAGUGCUUCUUGCUGGAGAAUCUUUGGAAGUUCAGGGAGGAAAGGUGGUUAUAAGCAAGUGGAAAGAUCAGGCUUGGAGGAAUUUGACACGACAAAAGGCGAUAUCAUAUUCAAUGAAUUAAAAAUGGGCGGAAAAGAUCGUGAUGCGUUCAAUGGAAUAACAUACAUGUGUGGUCAACCAGCAAAAAAUUUCUGGCAUGCGCAGAAUGGACAGGCACUUAGAAGAGCCACUGUGAUGUUAAGGCGUAAAACUGACGGAAGCAAAGCUGGUAUUCAUACUGCUACGUCGUGUGGCCAACCAUCAUUCAUCGUCAAAGAUAUAUUUGUUUACCACUAGCAAUCGCUUGGAAGAAUUGAUGAAUGGAGAAUGCGCGGAUAGCAGCUCAAAUCAAUUCAAUCCGUAUUAAAACCCGAAAUUACUAGCCCACAUGUGACGUCAUCUCCGCCAUUUUGCAUACUUGUCAGCCAUGUUAACUGUUUGAAUUUUAACCAGCAGCUUUUUGCUUGUUUCUUUUAUAACUGUAUCUGAUUGGCUAGCUGACUUUUGCAUGUCUCUUGCUGGCUGGUGGCGGUUGUCUGGUGGCUUUGUCCAACGAAUGGUGACUGACUGGUUUUUAUUUUCCUUGUUUAUUUUUUCAUUGUCGGUUUGCUCGUUCCUUAUCAAAUUUCCUGUGCCAUUGCUGAACCUGCGGUGGCGAUUACCGACUACAAGGUUUUUUACGCUAUAUAAUUAUAUAUAUAUUGAUUUCCCCGAGCCAACCAUUUUUGCGGCUCUUAAAUCAUACCAUUCUGCCAUCUGAUCAACACCGCUUUUUGUUAAUCGUAUUUAACCGGUGUAUCAUCAUCAUCAUCAUCAUCAUCCUCAUCCUCAUCAUCAUCUUCAUCAUCAUCAUCUUCAUCAUCAUCCUCAUUACCAUCUUCAUCAUCGUCAUUUAUCGGUGAUUGAGUGA